AGGUGAUUUGCUGCCCUGUGAAAAACAUGCCCAGGAUCCCAAGGCAUUGAAAACUGGAGAGAUUAAUUAAAAAGAAAACAUCCAAACCAAGCAAAGAGCUGUAAGAACUUGCAAGAAGGGUCUUUCCCAGCGCGGCGAGGAUGAACAAACAAAGAUUUCUCCCCGGCACUUCCCGGGGGCAUUGGCCACCAGCGCGCUCUCCGCGGCGCCUUAUCGAGAGCAUUCCUGCCUGCCCUGUUUGUCACAGGAACCGGCCUGGAGUGGAAGUGCCCUGGCAGCCAAUGACGGGUUCGGGGUAAUUGGGAAAGGCAGGUGGAGCAGGUAAGUCACCCCUAGGCAGGAAGGUAUAAAAGAUACUUGGAUCGCAGCGGCGCGGCCACUCGGGCACAGGGAGCUGGGUUGGUCGCUGCUCUCGCCCGACCUGCCCUGCUCGGAGAGAAAUCAGAAAACUGCCAGGAGCACAAAUGCCAGAAGAAGGCUUGUAAAUAAAAAGACUCCGAGCCUAAGCCUAUCCUCUGGAAAGAAGACUCUUCAGGGGUAGAAAGCAAGAGCCCAGAACAUGCUUUUCUCCUUCUGAACUGCCCUCUGACCAGGUAUUUAUAGCCUUUAAUCUGCCGUACGCCUCUCAACUUGCUGUCUGCUCGGUAGCUCUGAAUUGGCGAUACCAUCGGGGUUUAUGUUACAGGACGGGGUUGGCCACACUCCGAGCCGCGUGGUCUCUUUUGUCUGGUUUUAUGGCACGGAAAGAAGUUUUUCUCGAACUCGCUGAGAGGUGGAAAGUACUUUACUUGGGUCUGAAGCUGAGCAAGUGUGGCUGUCCUGAAUGGUAUAGUUUUUUUUGGGGUGGUGUUCCCAAAGUUUCUGGCAAGCCCAGGUUGUCAGCGGUGUAAACAGCUGAGGAAGAGCAGUGUGACAUGGAAGUCUGAACAGUCAAAGAUAUUGCCUUGUGUUAAAAUAUUCAUGUGAUCGUCUAGUUAAAAAAAAUAAAUAAACAAGCCCAGCUGAAAAGAAAACCAGGAUUUAGUAGCACAGCAGUGGUGUCCAGGAGAAAUCGUGGAUCCUGCGCUAGCUGCUGCCCAAACCCAAGUUAAUUUUCGGAGCGUCGGUGCUACAGCACCACACCGACAGACAAAAGAGGCAGGCUUCCCAGGGAUGGCUUUGCACUGCCUUCCCCUCUCUCUGCUGUCCCCUGCUCUUCGUUUUUCCCCAGUUUAAGCCAACUGCCUGUGCCGUGUCUCAUCAAGUUGACUCAUAACACCAAGAUAAACAUGAGCAGGUUCUAAAUUUAUCAAAACCAGCACAUAUUUGUGGUGUCAUGAUCGUCUUGAGCAAAGGAAAAGCAGGGGCAAAAGCUUCUGUCUUCAUUUAAGAGCGCCUCUGGGGAGCAAACCUCCCCAAGUUUACUGUCAGGAUGCUGCCUUAGUAAAAAUCCCCACUGAGCAGCUUUUUCGACUAGGGUAUGAAAUUGCAGUGUGUGAAAGCAAAGGCUCCCUUUUUGUGAGGUUACCUUCUGCUCUCAGGCUUGCUGCUCGUAAUUUCUCCACGCCGAGGGCCUGCACAGACCCGGACAUAGGGGAUGGAGUGCUGCACAACAGAUUUUAGUAAAAAACCCAGACAGCAACAACAAACAAAGCAGAGGCUUUCCUGGGUCUCCGCACCAACCAGGGUUUGGAUUUGUGAUUCAUCAGAAUCUGGCAGAUUGGGCUAAAAAAAAAAAAAAAUGCAUGGUGAGCCAUAGCAAGGAAACAAAAAGGCAAAAAUACAAAACAAAAACCAAACAUUUAAGACAAAUGUUACAACUUGCUGAAAAACACAAAUAUUCUGUGACUUAAAAUUUAACUUGAGGAGGGGCUUCAUUUAGAAGAGGAGAAAAAGGAAAAUAGUUAAGGGAAGAGUGGCUUUAACUUAAAGCGAAGUUUUCUUCCAUAGGUGUAGUCUGGGUACACAGAGUUGGUUUGGCUCUGGCAGCGCUAGCUGUGAUGGGAGAGGUGAGAAUCCUUCGUUCUUGCAUAACGGAGAUAUUUCUGUGCCGUGGUAGGAAUAUGCAGUCUUGCUGAUGCCUUGAAUUAGCCUUUUUUUUUUUUUUUUUUGCUCAAGACACAGCGUGCAGCCUGUGUUGCUAAGCCUUGGCUGGAUCGACUGGAGAGCUGUAAUUACAGCAGCAAUCUGAACGUCUCUGACUUGUCUUGGGAGAUUUACCAGUGACAAAGAAUCAAGCCCAGCCGGUUCAGUGACGCAGCCCCAGAAAAUGCUCCCCAGGCAGGCAGCACCGCGGCCAUCGCUGCGAAUUUCCUCCAGCUAAACACUUGCUUUCAGGCUCGGUAUCUGAAAGGCCACGUAUCUGAUAGCAGAACGUAGGCAACGCUGCGUUUCUGGUCGAAGAUAACUGGAAUCCAAGGUAGUACUUAGGUCGCUGGAAGGGCUGGAGUAACUCGGUUGUAAAUCAAUUUGCUGCAACUGGCGUGUGAGCCGUUCAGCUCAGCGCCCCUGCUUGCACACCACCAGAGAGCAGAAAGCAGACGGCAGCACACGGCAGGGCUUGGGCUGCGCUGGCACUCCCCCAGGGCUGAGGACAGGGAAGAAGUUCGCUUUCCUAGGGAAAAUAGAGCAACAAGGAAACACCAGAGAGUUCCCCGUGCUCUGGCACAGAGGCCAUUUCCUCCAACGGUUCCUUUCUUGCUGUGUCACGGUGACAGAGGAUGGGACAAAUCUUGCAAAAUUACAUUUCUUCCCUUCCCUUCGGUCCUGCUGCUGCCUGGAAGACUUCAGAUCCCGCUGUGCAUCGCCAGCACAGCAUCGCUGGGUGGUGCCUUGCUCAGGGAGCCACAAUUCAGCACCCAAAGCUCUGUCUGAGCGCACUGAGAGCAUCACCCCUCCGCUGCCCCCCCAACUGAAUAGUGUUAUCUGUCUCUUAGGCCUUGCUCAUGCUGCCACCAUAAUAUCUGAGUGCCUCCCAGCCUAGUAGACUGCUAUCGUGAGGUCCCUGCUCGACCUCAUGGAGUCCUCUGCUCUCCUCCCUGCCCAGGUGUCGGGGAGCACCGGCUGGGAGUCUCCCAGGGCUCUCGUUAUCUCCCCGGGCUCCGUCAUGUCGUGUUUCACCCAGCUGUGGCACUCGAGCACCCCGGACUCGCCCACCAGCCCCGUCCCUGCGUCUCCAAAUGAAGCCCCCAUCCCCAUCAGCCCCAUCGUUAUCACCUCCCCAGGAGACAGCAAGAGGAAGGCGAGGUCCCCCACUGACAAGCCAGGCUCUCCAAACCCAACCUCCCCGAAGCCGACCUCCCCCGUUGAAUGUUCCAUUUGCUUCAACACCUACGACAACACCUUUAAGACGCCCAAACUGCUCCAAUGCUCCCACGUUUUCUGCCUGGAGUGCGUGGCUCGCCUGAGCAAAGGGCUGCCCCCAAACCACCCCGAGGACCAGCUCCCCUGCCCCUUCUGCCGCCAGCUGACCAGCAUCCCUCUGGAAGGCGUCCCAGCUCUCGAGACCAGCAAGGAGCUCCUUGCCACGCUGCCCCCCGAGCUCCAGCAGGAGAAGGUGCUCUGGAUGGAAGGGACCAAGCUCUGCUGCCGCCGGUCGUCCGACGACCCCGAGAAUCCAGACUCAUGCAUCUCCAUCGACGUUGCCAUGAGCAAGCCGGAAAGCCCGGAGGCUCCCCCGACGGGGCUGGCGGGGAGGCUGUCCCGCUGCGACAUGUGCGACGACUGGAAACGCAUCGUCCUCCUCUCGGCGCUCAUCAUCAUCCUCUUCUGCAUCAUUCUGUGGCCGGUGCAGUGCGCCCUGAAGACGGGGAACCUCCGCUGCUUCACCAGGACUGUGGCAAUGAGCAGGCCAGAAUACCUGCCCCCGAAACACACCACGGCAGCCCCAGCUGUCACACAGAUCCCUUUCCAGUAGCAGCCCAUGGAGGAGGCACUUUGGGGAGGCAGGAGCAGGGCUCGCUGCCCGACAGCAUCCCUCGCCAUGCCUGCACACCCCGAGGUCCCCACGCUCGUUCUGCGACCACGCUUGGGUGCAGGCACCCGAUUCCAGGAGCUCUGCUGAAACCCGUGCCUGCCAAGCUGUCUCCAGCCCAGAAAUGCUCCCAGGAGCUGUCAGCAUCCUUCUGCCAACUCUCCAUGGGAACCAGAGCCUCGAAAGCUGUUGCAAAGGUGCGGUGGGCGACAGAUUCACUUCUAGGACUGCUCGCCUGGAGUGGCGCAGGGGCCUUGGCUGGAUACCAGAUGACAGUGGGCGUAGUUCCUUCCACCUCCCUUGGGGAAUAAAGGGCUGUUUCUUUUUCCACACCGAAGGAUCUACAUGAUUAUUCCUGCGAGGAGCUGGGUUUGGGAGAGUAAAGACAUGUCAGAGUUGUACAGGCAGAUGAAAAGUAGCCAUAUCCCACAUGCUUGAAACAUUUCAGUGGUGUAUUCGGUGCUGGAGGUGUUAAAUGCUGCCUCCUGCUGACAAAACAUAGAUCCAUCCCUGCUGCUCACCGGAGCUGUUACCACCGUGACGAGCUGAGGCACUGCUGAAAUUGUGAACAGACGAGAGUAGCAUUUAUUUAUUUAU